AUGAAAGAAGAAAGAGAUCCCGGCAAAAAACAACCCUUGGUUUUUGAUGGAGUUCGAGAUGUAUACGCGAACAAUGUGCAUCAAGAACUCGAGCUGAUGUCGGCCCUCCGAAAGUCGUUCAACUUCGUCAUCAUCGACACAGAAUUCCCUGGUUUCCUACGAUCAACCCCUCGCGGUGCAUCCGAAGAAGAGAUCUACAGCGCUCUCAAGUACAACGUCGACAACAUGAAGCUUGUUCAGUUAGGGAUCACGUUGUCCAAUGGAAAGAUCUCUCUGGCCUGGCAAUUCAACUUGAAAGAUUUCGAUCACGAGGCAGACAAUCGCUCAGAAGACUCGAUCGAGCUUCUGAAAAGGAGCGGGAUUGAUUUCGACAAGAACCGCAAAUAUGGCAUAAGCGCGGAUGUUCUUUCGAUAGGGUUGACGGAGAAACUGAUAGCAGGCUGUGAAGGGCUGAAGUGGAUCACUUUCCAUGGUUUAUAUGACCUGGCUUAUCUGAUAAAGCUCGUCUAUAAGAUGCCUCUGCCAGAGACACUGGCGGGUUUCUUGGGGCUUGUUCGAAUACUGUUUGGUCCCAUGGUUUACGAUGUGAAAUAUAUGGCGAAAAGAUGCAGUGCGUAUUUUGCUGAAGUUGGGUUGGUUAAACUCUCGAAGAUGCUCGGGAUUAAUUGGAGGGGGAAACCGCAUCAGGCUGGCCAUGACAGUCUACUGACCGCAAAAGUUUUCUGGGAGAUGAUGAACAAGUUUGAUGGUUUCAAAGAAGACGAGCAUGCUGGGAUACUGUAUGGGUUCGAGGAAAAUGCGAGAAAAGAGUUGGAGAAUCCUCAGAUGUCCUACUAUCCUAUAGUCCCUGAUCUGAUGAACCUCAGCCCAAAUUAUGCAUCUUAUGAUUACUUUUAUGCUUUUCCUGUAGCUUACAAUCCUCUAGCCAAUGGCUAUUGGGUAGUUCAUGAGCCUUAUUAUUAUGUGCGAGCCUAA